GUUCCCAGACUUCCAGUGACAUUCCCCAUUUAGUUUGCUCCGCGAUCCAGCAGGUCCUCCCUGACUUCCCAUUGAAAAUGGCCGACAAGAAGAACCUCCUCCUGCUCUUCGACCAUCCCACCGAGCCCGUGUUCAUGGACAAGGGCAAGAGGGUGACCGUGUUUGAUGUGCCCGACUCCUUCCUGACCGACCGCUACCGACCCAUCAGCAAUGAGGUGCAGAGCCGCGUCGGCGACAAGGUGGAGCAGCGAGUUCCAGUCCGGGAGAUCUCCAUUCCCGAUCUGCGGAUCCCCAUGUCCCUGGGUCGCGACGAGCAGUUCUCGCUGUUCCUGCCCAAGCACCGCAGGAUCGCGGGCCGCCUGAUCGAUAUCUUCAUGAACAUGCGCUCCGUGGACGACCUGCAGAGCGUGGCGGUGUACGCCAGGGAUCGGGUCAACCCGGUGCUCUUCAACUAUGCCUUGUCGGUGGCGCUGCUCCAUCGUCCGGACACCCAGGGCCUGGAUCUGCCCUCCUUCUCGCAGACUUUCCCCGACCGCUUCAUCGACUCUCAGGUGAUCCGAAAGAUGCGGGAAGAGUCUUUCGUGGUGCAGCCCGGUUCCCGAAUGCCCAUCACCAUUCCCAGGGACUAUACCGCCUCCGAUCUGGAUCCCGAGCACCGGCUGUGGUACUUCCGCGAGGAUCUUGGCAUCAAUCUUCACCACUGGCAUUGGCAUCUGGUCUAUCCCUUCGAGGCCUCCGACCGCAGCAUCGUGGCCAAGGAUCGUCGUGGCGAGCUCUUCUACUACAUGCACCAGCAGGUGAUCGCCCGCUACAAUGCGGAACGGUUCAGCAACAACCUAGCCAGGGUGCUGCCCUUCAACAACCUGCGGGAUCCCAUUGCCGAGGGCUACUUCCCCAAGAUGGACUCUCUGGUGGCCAGCCGCGCCUGGCCACCGCGCUUCGAGAGCACCAGGCUGAGCGAUCUCAACCGGGAGGCCGACCAGCUGAAUGUGGAGAUUGGAGAUCUGGAGCGCUGGCGUGAUCGCAUCUACGAGGCGAUCCACCAAGGAUUUGUCAUGGAUGAGCGCGGCAACCGUGUGCCACUGGAUGAGGCCACUGGCAUUGAUACCCUGGGCAACAUGAUUGAGUCCUCCAUUCUGUCGCCCAACCGAGUGCUGUAUGGUGACCUGCACAACAACGGACACACCUUCAUCUCGUACGCUCACGAUCCGACCAGCAAGCACCUGGAGUCCUUUGGCGUGAUGGGUGAUGUGUCCACGGCUAUGCGCGACCCGGUCUUCUACAAGUGGCACUCGUACAUCGACCGCAUCUUCCAGGAGCACAAGUCGCGCCUGCCCGCCUAUACCGAGAACCAACUAAACUACUCGGGCGUCUCGAUCGCGGGCAUCCAGGUGGACACCAAUGGAGGUCGUCCCAAUAACCUGACCACCUUCUGGCAGAAGUCGGACGUGGACAUGUCCCGUGGCUUCGACUUCCUGCCGCGAGGCAAUGUCUUCGCCCGGUUCACCCAUCUGCAGCACCUGCCCUUCACCUAUACCAUCAGUGUGAACAACGAUAGUGGUGCCCAGCGUUUCGGCUACGUGCGCAUUUUCAUGGCCCCGAAGAACGACGAGCGUGGCCAGCCCAUGCUGAUGCGUGAUCAGCGCUCCAUGAUGAUCGAGCUGGACAAGUUCGUGACUUCGCUGAACCCAGGACCCAACACCAUUCGCCGCCGCUCCACGGAGUCCAGCGUGACCAUUCCGUUCGAGCGCACCUUCCGCAACCUGGAUGCUAAUCGUCCAGCGGCCGGCACUGCGGAGGAGCUGGAGUUCAACUUCUGCGGCUGCGGCUGGCCCAACCACAUGCUGGUGCCAAAGGGUCUGCCCGAGGGACUGCAGUGCGUGCUGUUCAUCAUGGUGUCCAACUAUGAGAACGACAGGAUUGACCAGCAGUUGGUGGGUCGCUGCAGCGAUGCCGCUUCCUACUGCGGAGUCCGUGACCGUCUCUACCCGGAUCGCCAGUCUAUGGGAUUCCCCUUCGACAGGUUGCCCCGCAGCGGAGUCGACCGCCUGGUUAACUUCCUCACGCCCAACAUGAGCAUCGUGGACGUGACCAUCCGCCACGAGAACCGCACCGUGCAGCGCCAGAACUAGACGAUCCGCUCCUGAUCCGCUUUCCCGAUUCGCCCUGACCCGAUUCCAUGGCCUCGCCCACUUCUAGAUAUACAACUUUUAGCAAUCUAUUGCAUCUUUAUUGAGCCGCUUAAUAAACAAGACAUCAUGGCAUUCCACAA